CUCCUCCGUCCAGUACAACUCCCCUUCCACCAAUUCCUCCCUCAUUCACAAUGGCCUCCUCCGAUCUCAAGUCCAAUGGCCGUGAUAGGCCUUUGCCUUUCGUGUACCAGUUCGCAGCUGGUGCAAUCGCUGGUGUGACGGAGAUCUUGGCCAUGUACCCUUUGGACGUCGUCAAAACCCGUGCGCAGUUGUCUGUUGGUGGUGGACAGCAGAUGGGUACCGUUGGUACUCUUACUCACAUUGUCAAGACUGAGGGAUUCUCUCGCUUGUACCGCGGUAUCAUCCCCCCCAUCCUCAUGGAGGCCCCCAAGCGUGCCACCAAGUUCGCAGCAAACGAUUCAUGGGGGGAGUUCUACCGCAACUUCUUCGGCGUCGCAAAAAUGUCACAAUCUCUCUCCAUUCUCACCGGAGCAACAGCAGGUGCGACCGAGGCUUUCGUCGUCGUUCCCUUCGAGCUCGUCAAGAUCCGCUUGCAGGACCCUAAGAGCACAUAUACCUCUACCAUGGACUGUUUAGGAAAGAUCGUGAAGAAUGAGGGACCGCUGGCGCUUUACAAUGGAUUGGAGGCUACGCUUUGGAGGCAUAUCUGGUGGAAUGCGGGAUACUUUGGUGUCAUCCAGGCCGUCCGUUCCGCACUUCCCAAGGCUGAGUCCAAGUCCGGCGAGACCUUCAACUCCUUCAUCGCCGGUGCGAUCGGUGGUACCGUCGGUACGAUUCUCAACACCCCCUUCGAUGUCGUCAAGUCUCGUGUCCAGAACACCGUCCGUGCUCCCGGUAUCGUUGCCAAGUACAACUGGUCUUGGCCUUCGUUGUUGGUUGUUGCACGUGAGGAGGGUUUCGGAGCUUUGUACAAGGGUUUCGUGCCGAAGGUGUUGAGGUUGGGUCCUGGUGGUGGUGUGUUGUUGGUUGUGUACUCUGCGGUUAUUGAGAAGUUCAAGGACAUGAGAGAGGCGCGUGAGGCCAAGGAGGCUGCUUUCUAAGCAACGAGGAGCUUGCUGCAAGCCGAGAGCCGGAGCCUGCGAGUGUAGGCUACGAGAUGAGAGAGAUCAGAGGACGUAAGAUACCCUG